AUGGUUGCCAACAACGACAGAAAUGGUGAAAGCUUGAGUAAGUUUGUUGGACCGUCUUCUCCUUUCUAUUUGCAUCCAUCAGAUAAUCCUGGAGUUAUUAUCAGUCCGGUGGUCUUGAGAGGAGAUAACUACGAUGAAUGGGCAAAGGCGAUGAGAACUGUCUUCCAUGCCAAAAACAAAAUCGGUUUCAUCGAAGGCAAGGUCACGAAGCCAGAAAACGAAGCUCCGGAGAUCGAUCUCUGGUGGAGUGUGAAUUCGAUGUUGGUGGCUUGGGUUUUCAAUACUGUCGAUCCAUCACUACGUUCAACUAUCACGUAUAUGGAGACGGUCAAAGAACUUUGGGAUGAUCUGAAGGAACGAUUCUCAAUCGACAAUGGACCCCAGAUUUAUCAGAUUAAAUCCGAGCUUGCUAACUGCAAGCAACAUGGACAGACAGUGGUUGCAUAUUACGGAAAAUUGAAGGCAAUGUGGGACGAAUUAGGAAGCUACUCUAAGGUACCCAUAUGUACAUGCGGGUGCAGGUGUGGAGCGGCAGCCGAACUGGUUAAAGAAAGAGAAGAAGAGAAAAUCCACCAAUUUCUGAUGGGUUUGGACGAUGAUAUAUUUGGAACUGUGUGUUCUAACAUAUUGAGUAUGGAGCCAAUUCCAAAUAUGAAUAAAGUUUACUCAAUGAUCAUACAAGAAGAUCGACAUCGAUCGUUGGCACGAGGUAAGGAGGAACAACCAGAUGUAGCACAAGCCUCGCAGACAUCGCGAGACAAUAAAGCUGCUUCAAAAGACAAAACAAUUGUGUGUAACAAUUGUGGUCGAUUUGGCCAUGAAGCAAAGAGUUGCUUCCAAUUAAUUGGAUACCCUGAUUGGUGGGGAGACAAACCCCGCGGUACAUUGACCGGACGUGGAGCAGGACGAGGAAAAGGGGGUGGGCGUGGCCGAGGUAUGGCAAAGCCUCAUGCUGCUCAGUCAUCAGCAGGGCGUGAGGUGGCUGCUAAUGCAGCUGUGACUGACGGAGACCGAACCGGACUGAGCGAGCUUAAUGACGAGGCGUCACAUCACUUGACAGGAAAUUUAAAUGUGCUCAUCGACACCUAUGAUGUUGCACCUUGUCCUGUUAGGUUACCCAACGGUGCGCACGCCGAGGCCGUGAAAGAAGGCACUGUUGAACUUGGAAAUAAUUUUAAAUUGCUACACGACCGCAUCUCAAGGACUUUGAUUAGUGCGGGUGAACAACUUGAUGGGGUCUAUGUCUUCAAGGGUGUGGCGCCGGUUCAUGCUUACAUGACAGAUGGAAUUGGGUCAUGCGAUUUGCGGCAUCGGAGAUUGGAACACCCUUCUUAUCAGAUGAGUACCUGCAUCUUGUGGUGCUGCAUAUUUUUUGACAAUUGUUGA